UCUUCACCCCAGUUAUACCAGUGCCAAAGUGCUGGAUCCAUCCCACUCACACGGUUUAACAUGAUGGGAUAUAAUAUUUUCAUCUCUAUUUUUCUUUCCAGUCCCUGGAGGAUAGUGGAUGAUUGUGGAGGGGCCUUCACCAUGGGGGCCAUAGGAGGGGGCAUUUUCCAGGCUAUCAAAGGCUUCCGAAAUUCCCCAGUGGGUGUAAACCACCGGCUGCGGGGCAGUUUGACAGCCAUUAAAACCAGAGCUCCACAACUGGGAGGGAGCUUUGCUGUCUGGGGAGGUCUCUUCUCCAUGAUUGACUGCAGUAUGGUCAGAAUGAGAGGGAAGGAAGAUCCUUGGAAUUCCAUCACGAGCGGAGCCCUGACUGGAGCCAUUUUAGCUGCAAGAAAUGGCCCUGUUGCCAUGGUCGGAUCUGCCGCAAUGGGAGGAAUUCUCCUGGCCCUGAUCGAAGGAGCUGGAAUUCUGCUGACAAGAUUUGCCUCCACACAGUUCCCAAACGGCCCACAGUUGUCAGAGGAUCCUUCCCAGCUCCAGCCGCCCCCGUUUAGUGACUACCGACAGUACCAAUGAUGGUCCCUGGCCGCCGCCUCCUCCUCUUCCUCCCCUGUUCCUGAGCAGUCCCACCUGGAGGAUGUGGAGGGGGUUUGUACUUAGACCAGUGGUGGUCUAUGCCAGGAGGACCUGCAGCAUUUCUCAAUGUCAAAUUGCUCAGGAGAACUUUCAGAAAAGAAAAUCUAUUUAUUCCUGAUAUAUUCCAUUGCUGUAAUAUUACACAUGUCUGGUAGAAUACAAGGAGAUUUGAGACAAGGAC